CUAGCUUCGCCUUUCACUUUCCCUUUCCCUCUCCCUCUCCCCCUCCCCUGCGACCAAGGGAAAAGAGAGAAACCGAGCCAGCGCAGCGCGGCGCGGUCGCCCACCCUUGGCCGCUGGGCUCUCGUCCUCCUCUACUCCUACUUCUUCCACCCCCUCUUCUCGCCCAAAUCGAUCCAGAUCCGAUGCCUACGGAAGCAUGGUGAGGACGCUCGAGAGCAGCUACUCCGCCAAAGACGUCGCCUACAGCUGUGGGUACUGUGGCUACGCAUUAAACCUGAGCUCCUCGACGCGCAACACCGCAAACAUUGGGUCCAAGUAUGGCAAGCAGAUCAGGAAAGGUGUGAUCUCGUUCUUUUCCGUCGACGAGAGCCGGUUCACGCAAACCGAUGAGGUGAGCUGCACGCCGUACUUCCACUCAAGGCGAUCCUGGGGUUUCUUCAGAAAGAGGACGAGGUUGUUCUGCCGCAAAUGCGGUGGUCGUAUCGGCAGCGCUUAUGAGGACGAGGGUUCUUCUACCUUGUAUGGUGGCUCAGAUGACUUGCAUAUGGCUUCCGAGGGCAGCAGCAUCUCAAUUGGAAAGAAAUAUGUUAUCAGGAUCAAUGCGCUGCGGCCUUCGACGGAUGACACCGGUGUUCCCUUCACCUCGUGAUGGCGGUUUAACCCGCCGCGCUAGCGUGCACUUUUCAGUUCUUGGUUUACAUAUACUGGACUGUGAAUCAAUUACAGAACCAAGAGACUUGAUUUCUCAGAGGGUUUAGCACUUUCUCGUUUCCUUUCUGCAGCGGUGUGUGUAAGCGUAUAUUUGAUAGGAAUGUGCGGAAUUUUGCAUGUCUACAUAUUGUAAAAUGGAAGAGUUUGUUGUGUACAUACAUAUACGUUCAUGGUUCAGAGGGUGUGCAUCAUGGCCCUAAAUUUGGUUGUUCCUCUUUUUUGGGGGGUAUUAGCCUGAUAGUUUAUGAUGUGCAGUGGUGUGUUCACCGUGCUUGUGUCUUGUAGGUUUCAAAGAAAGAUUGUACUGAAGCAUUGUAGUGUACUAUGUUAAUUUUUUUGUACAUCUAAAGAAUGUAUACUAGACGGUUGUUAUUUGUGUCUA